AUGAGAACUUUCGUCACAGCCGUACUUGCCAGUAUAGGUGUGUUACUUGCUGUCAUCUGGACUGCACGCACAUUUGAUGCAGAUUCCCUGAAAGGUGCGAGAGUCUUGGUGACGGGAGCCAGUACAGGGAUCGGUGAACAAAUUGCAUAUCACUACACCCGCUUUGGUGCCCAGAUAGUUAUCACAGCAAAGAGGCACAAUGUGCUGCAGCAGGUGGCACAAAAGUGCCUCAGUCUAGGGGCCCAGGAAGCUUUGUAUGUAGCGGCGGACACGGGCAUACAGACAGACCCAGAGCGAGUGGUUAGCUUUGCUGUUGACCAUCUGGGAGGACUGGAUUACCUGAGCCUCAAUCACAUUGGACCCUCCCCCUUCAGCGUGUGGGAGGGGGACGUGGAUCACGUCGGGUGGCUGAUGGAGGUCAAUUUCUUCAGCUAUUUGCAGAUGUCUUGGAAAGCCCUGCGCACCCUUGAGCAAAGUAAGGGAUCACUGGUGGUUGUCUCAUCUCUUUUGGGUAAAAUGUCCAGUCCCUUUGUGGCACCCUACACCUCCGCAAAGUUUGCACUGAAUGGCUUCUUUGGAUCCCUGCAGCAUGAGCUGGCUAUGAGGAAAAGCAACGUGUCCAUCUCUAUAUGCACGCUGGGACUCAUUGAGACUGAACCAGCUAUGGAAAAGGUUGGGCGCAUCACUAAUGUGCCAGCCUAUCCUGCAGCAGAUGCAGCCUUGAAAAUCAUUAUUACAGGAGCUACGAGGCAACCCGGGCUGUUUUAUCCCUGGUUCAUCAUCAGCACCGUCAGAGACUGGUGUCCUGUCAUGACGAGCUAUGUUAUUCGCAACAUUUACAGCUACCACCCAUGA